UUCCGCGCGUCUUCGUCUUCUUCAUAACCUCUUCUAAACAUCAUCUUCUUGCCAUUCAUCGUUUCAAUUAUCGCAUUUACAGAUACAAUGAAGUUCUCGCAGGCUUCUCUUCUGGCGGCUUGUCUGCCUGCUGUCUCCGCUCGCUUCAUCGAAACUGCCGAGGCCGACAACGUCAUUCUCCAGCCAGACGAGCUGUUCCUGGUCGAAACCGCCCCCGGCAAGACGCAAUGGGUGACUGAGGAGGAGAAGUGGGAGAUGCGCCGUAACGGCCAAAACUUUAUGGACAUCACCGACACACCUUCGCUCGGCUCCAAGCGCAUCAACGCUGAGAGCACGGUCACUUUCCCUAAGAAGUGCGUGAACCAGGACGAUGUCAAGAAGCUCUCCAAGAACCUCGAGAAGAAGAACAUGCAGGCCAACCUCGAGAAGUUGACCAGCUUCCACACCCGAUACUUCAAGUCCGACUACGGCCUUCAGUCCUCCGACUGGGUUCUUGAGAAGGUCAACCAGAUCAUCAAGGACGCCGGUGCUGAGGAUACCGUUUUCGCCGAGAGCUUCCCUCACACAUGGAAGCAACACUCCGUCAUUGCGACCAUCCCUGGCCAGUCUAACAGCACUGUCGUGAUCGGCGCCCACCAGGAUUCCAUCAACCUCUUCCUUCCUUCCAUCCUCGCCGCUCCAGGCGCUGAUGACGAUGGCAGUGGUACAGUCACUAUCAUGGAGGUGUUCCGCGCUCUUCUCAACUCCAAGGACGUUGUUAAGGGCAAGGCUCCCAACACCAUCGAGUUCCACUGGUACUCAGCUGAGGAGGGUGGUUUGCUCGGAAGCCAGGCUAUCUUCAAGUCGUACGAGGAGAAUGGCCGCGAUGUCAAGGCUAUGCUUCAGCAGGACAUGACUGGCUAUGUCCAGAAGACUCUCGAUGCCGGUCAGCCCGAGAGCGUUGGUGUCAUUACUGACUUUGUCGACCCCGGCCUGACUAAGUUUAUCAAGACCGUCGUUGAGGAGUACUGCAGCAUUCCUUGGGUCGAGACCAAGUGCGGUUAUGCCUGCUCCGACCACGCUUCUGCUUCCAAGGCCGGCUACCCCUCAGCCUUUGUUAUUGAGUCCGCCUUCGAGUACUCUGAUCCUCAUAUCCACGGUACCGAUGAUAGCAUUAAGUAUCUGUCUUUCGACCACAUGCUCGAGCAUGCUCGCAUGACCCUUGGUCUUGUUUACGAGCUUGGUUUCUACGACUUCUCUGACAAGACCGAGGAGAAGUGGAGUGACCUGUAAACGACAGAUAUUGUGGAAUUGUGUUUAGAGAGCAGCAGUCUCCUUUUUGGAUGGGCCGCCUCGAUUCAGUUAUUAUGAGCAACGGAUUACAUACGAGGAUACACGCAUAGUUAGCGUUGAAUAAGACCAUCUGUUUGAAAGUCCCUAAAA